AUGGGUCACUCCUACGGAAAGAGAGCGGGCACCCGCUAUGCCUUCAGCCGGGACUUCCGCAAGAAGGGUAUGAUUGCCCUGAACACCUAUCUCCGACAGUACCGCGUUGGUGAUAUCGUCGACAUCAAGGCGAACGGUGCCGUCCAGAAGGGUAUGCCCUUCAAGGUGUACCACGGCAAGACUGGUGUCAUCUACAACGUCACCAAGUCUGCUGUCGGUGUCAUCAUCUACAAGCAGGUGAAGCACCGAUACAUCGAGAAGCGAAUCAACGUCCGAAUCGAGCACAUCCAGCAGUCCCGAUCUCGUGAGGACUUCCUCAAGCGAGUCAAGGCUAACGCCGAGGCCAAGCGUGAGGCCAAGGCCAACGGUACCGUCGUCCAGGUCAAGCGUCAGCCCGCUGGACCCCGUGAGGCUCACACACUGUCGCUCGCCGACAACCCUCCUCAGACCGUCACUCCUCUUCCCUACGAGACUACGAUCUAA